AUGGCCAUCUUUAACACCAAGACUACAAUAGUCUUUUUUUGCACACUAAGUUUGCUCAUCUUUUUCUCUCCACAACUCUCUUUCUCCUCUUCAAUCCAUGAACUUCUUAUCUCAAAAGGGUUACCAGCUGGUCUACUCCCCAAGGAAGUGAAGUCCUACACUCUGUCUGAAGAUGGCUACUUAGAGGUGUUUCUUGAUGGUCCAUGCUUGACCAAAUAUGAGAAUAGGGUUUUAUUUGAAAGCGUAGUGAGGGCUAAUCUCACUUAUCGUAGUCUCUCAGGAGUUGUCGGCUUGUCUCAAGAAGAACUCUUUCUCUGGCUGCCCGUGAAAGAUAUCACAGUUGAUGAUCCAAGAUCAGGACUUAUUUUGUUUGACAUUGGGCUUGCCUAUAAGCAACUUUCUUUAUCACUCUUUGAAGAUCCACCUGACUGUAAACCUCAAGGUGGGUUGAAGAAUCAUGUGAGGAAGGAGAAAGGAUUUGAGGCACUGAGAUAA